AUGGGGCUCGGUGGCACCCUGCCUGGAGCACUGCUGCACACCAAAAGGUUUCUUGCCUUGGAAGUGGAGGAGCUGAAGGUCACCAGAUUGAUUUCGGGGAUGAGAAGUCAGCUUGACUUUGGCCCCCUGUCUGUUCCAGAUGCUUCCCCCAUCGUGGCUGGGUUCAUUGGGGCCACGGUCCUGGUGGUGUCAGUCUCCCUGACCAUCUUCGUGUGGACCUGCUGCCAACGGCGUUUGGGGAGUGGAGCCAAGAACCCCCCCUACAAGUUCGUCCACAUGCUGAAGGGGAUCAGCAUCUACCCGGAGACGCUGAGCAGCCAGAAGAAGCUCAGCCACCCGCGGCGGGAGAGGGAUGGUCCCGGAGGGGGGCAGUGCCCCGUCCGCGAGCUGGAGGGAGGCUGCUUCCACCCUGACUCCGGACCCCGUUCCGACCCCUUCAUCGACGGGCUGCUCCUGACGUCGGGCUACCAGGAGAUCCCCGGUGAUGCCGUCUCACCCAAGGACAGCACCAGUUCCUCGGAAGGCAAAACCCCUUCGCCCUCCUCCCCGGAGACAGAGGUCAGCCUGGGCAACCUGAGCAUCGCAGUGGACUACAACUUCCCAAAGAAAGCCCUGGUGGUGAUGAUCCAAGAAGCCCACAGCCUCCCGGUGAUGGACGAAACCACACUCACGUCUGACCCCUACAUCAAGAUGACCAUCCUUCCCGAGAAGAAGCACCGGAUCAAGACCCGGGUGAUGAGGAAGACCCUGGACCCGGUGUUCGAUGAGACCUUCACCUUCUACGGCAUCCCCUACAGCCAACUACAGGAGCUGGUCCUCCACUUCCUUAUCCUCAGCUUCGACCGCUUCUCCCGGGACGACGUGAUCGGAGAGGUGACGGUGCCGCUGGCGGGGAUCGACCCAGGCAGCGGGAAGGUGCAGCUCACACGGGAGAUCUUACCCAGGAACAUACAGAAGUGCAUCAGCAGAGGGGAGCUCCUGGUCUCUCUCUGCUACCAGCCAGUCACUCACAGGUUGAGUGUGGUGGUGCUAAAGGCCCGGCACUUGCCCAAGAUGGAUGUCAGUGGCCUCUCAGACCCCUACGUCAAAAUCAACGUGUUCUACGGUCAGAAGCGGGUGGCCAAGAAGAAGACGCACGUCAAGAAGUGCACGCUAAACCCGGUCUUCAACGAGUCGUUCGUCUUCGACAUGGGGGCCGACACCCUCCGGGACAUCAGCGUGGAGUUCCUGGUCAUCGACUUUGACCGGAUGACCAAGAAUGAAGUGGUAGGGUGUGUGGUGCUGAGUGCCAACAGUUCCACUCCCAGUGGCAUUGAGCACUGGCGGGAGAUCUGUGAGACGCCCCGAAGGCAGAUUGCAAAGUGGCACCCCUUAAAUGAGUAUUAGCUACAGGGAGCUGGGGGGAAGACAGAGGAAAGAAAGGUGCCUAGGGACUUGAAGCAUAAACCGGAACAUGGAUCUAGUGGUAGGAGAAAAGUACAUCAAAAAAAAACUGCGACAAAAAAAAAAUUCUUGUUUGGUUGGCAGUGUGGUGUGACGGGGCUGACCCACUCCCACUGCCAAAUUCAAAACCAUGAUUCUUCUGUAUUCUACAAACCACCCGACUUAUUUGCAUGCCUAAUUGCUGCGUGUACCUUAUUUGCAAAUACUUAACGCACUUUGAGGUCACCCGACCUCGUCCUUUUGUCUGUUAACCUGUUACUUUGUGUGUUCUCGGUGAGGGGGGGGGGUGGUGGUGGGGAGGUGGGUGGGGUGUGGACAGGUCAGACGCGGGAGUCCCGUUUCUUCCCCCACCCGCCCCCCCCGUGUCGAGACUGACCUCGAGCGUCGGCGCGUGGGCUUGGCGGCUGCGAAUCUUCUCCAGAAGGUCGUGGCACAUUGAGGCGCAGUUGUCGGUCUCCUGGUUGGGGGGUGGUGGUGGUGGUGGAGACGGUCACUCUGCAUCCACUCCGCGGGCCCAAGCGCGGGAGGUGGAGGCCGUCGGGUCCCUCCUCGCACUCUCCGAGGCAGCCGGGAAUGUGAACCGGAGCAACGUCAGUGCUCCCCUGUGGUGGAGCCCUGUGCCGAGGGUUGUAAAGUCCUGCCGUGUUUGUACCUGCCGCGUUUGGGACUGCGGAUCAAAUACCCCGUGCACUUUGGUCUUUUUAUUUCAGGAGGGAGGCACUUCAGGGGAAAUCCCAGGGCGUGGAAAACACCAAGCAGGUUGGAUGUGGGUGACGUUGAGAGGUAGCAGACUCCGAGGGUCCAGAACUUGGGGGAAUAAUCUCAGCCGCCUGUUUCAGACGGAGAAAUCCCCCCCCAGUGAGGGCUGUGAAUCUUUGGGAAAUCUGGGAGAACUGUGGGGGUGGAAUCACUGGUGAAUUCAGGGCAGCGAUUGAUAUUUUUUUCUGGGUUGGGGGGAACUGGAGGGAUUAGGGAGGAAAGCAUUCCUGAAGUGGGGGGAGACACGAGGGUAGACUCCCUGCUCCUUGUUCUCAUUGCCAGCCACGUCGCCUGUUGUUGCCUAUUGGGCUGGCGUUUACCAUGAUACAGGGCUGGAUUCAGCCGGCAGACUGUUGGCGCUCAGCAUGGCUGAGGUGGUGGCUUCCUCGCUGCCCCAGGCGCGGAGGGUUGUGCAGUCAGUCUUUGGUGCUGGAGAUUUGGGUCAAAUUACACGGCGAAGAGCCCACACCUCUCUUCGGUAAAUGGUGACGUUCAUGUUAAUAUUUUUCACUGUCUGUUCGGCCCAUCUGUUCUAGCCCGGCUCUCGGAUCAGUCCCGUCGCCCUGCUCUUAUUUCCCUGCAGCCUAUUCUCACUCUCACUCUCUAUUCUCACUGCAGCCCAUCUGUCUCAGCCUGGUCCCACAGUUCAACCCAUCGCCAAUUAACCCACCCACCCCACGCGUCAUUGGGAUGUGGGAGCGAACAGGAGCACCCGGGGGGGAUACCCUCAAGGUCAUAGGGAGAGCUUGUGAACCACACACACACACACACACACACACACACACACACACACACACACACACACACACACAGUGGUGGAGGUUGGGAUUGAACCCGGGUCUCCAGCGCCGUGAGACGGCGGCUUUACCCACUGUGACCUGCCCCACAUGGAGACCUUCACAGUAAUGGACAGACAUGGAGGGAAUCUUUCUGCCGGUGGGGAAGAGCAGCCAGGGGGUCAGUCACUGAGGAAUUCGGGAGAGAAUUCAGAAGGAACGCCUUUUAGAAGCGAAAUUCAUGUUUGAGGCAUGUGUGAGAGAUGUGGUUAAGAGAGGAAUGAGGGAACAGAGGUCACGGUAAUGGGGCGGGAGCAGGGCUGCUCGGACCUCCUGUAACGUGGCAACCGUGUCUGCUCUCCCCCACUAAGUCUGGGCUCCGUGCUGCCGGAAGGCUGUUGAGGCACCAGAGAGAGAGGCCGGAGCAGGUCCACCAGAUUCCCAUUGGCACCGGAGAGCAGUAGUUCUGAGCAAGAGGCUGAAACACAGGAGGCGGCAACUCCCACCGCAUCUGAAAGUUACAGCACUUGAGCAGCUGUACUAAAGGGAGCAGGGAAGAGAGUUGUAGACUGGCUUCCUUUGGCAGAUAUGUCAGGAUCUUUACAAAAUCUAAUUCUCUUCUGUGUAUACUGUGGCCUGUCCCUCUUAAGCUGAUUUGGUCCCGACUGUAUCUGCAUUGUCCCAUCCCUUUAAUCCCAUGGUUCCCAUCUAAAUUGACCCGUCUCUGGGCUGUAAGUUUCUACAAACAACUGAAGGGGAGCCCAAGGUGAUCUGAGUUUGCAAAGGGCAAUUUAGAGAUUUUUGUUUUUUUUAGUUUCCCCUCUCUGCAAAAAUAAUUUUUUGGAUUUUUGAAGCUCGAUUGGAGCCUCGUGUCCCUAAUGAGUCUCUCAGAUCAGGAACCUGUGACCAGCGCUGAGUGUUGGAGAGGUUUUCAAGGCCGAUGCUGUCCUCUGUGCCAGCCCUGACUGAGCGACGUGGCCAUCGUCUCAGAGUUAGGGGGUCCUGGCCUGCGGAACUGGGACAAUAAGAUCUGGGCCAGUGUUCUGAGCACAGUGCGGGGGGAGUGCUGCACUGUCAAAGGCGCCAUCUUUCGUGUUAAACCGAAGCCCCCCGAGGUGGAAGAAAAGAAUCGCACGGCCAAUGUCAAAUUCUCCCCACUGCACUGGGCCAGAGUUUAUCCCUUGGUAACCUGGUCGAAUAUCUCUUCCCAUUUCGGAAGCUCGCAUUUUGACAUGCCUCUUACCCCCCAACCAUACCAUGACCUUCCCAUCCUCCUGUAUACCUGCUGUUACAGGUGCGUCCCGGUCAAACAGACCCCUCUCUUUGCCCUUGCUCCCCAACCUCAAGGCACUAUGUGUAUAUAUGGCUGAGGUAUUCUCCAGCCUUGUGCCCUUUUCCACUCCUCCAGACAACCAACACUUAGUGACACCUGUCAGACCAACAGCUGGAACCUGUUCCAUUCCUUUCAGGGUUUUUAUAAAAUGGAAUUAUAUCUGAUCAGUGUGUACUAAAUCAGCUGAUAUAGUUCCAACUGUAUCUACAUUGGCCCUUUAGUACCAUUAUUCCUGUCUGUUGACCUGCCUCUGUGAGGCACCAGACCCGUUUACAACUGCUCACAAUGGAGCAGCAAACAAUCUGCUGAAGGAACUCAGCGGGUCGAGCAGCGUCUGUGGGGGUGGGGUGGGGAGGAACUGUCGACGUUUCAGGUCGAAACCCUAACGUAACCUGUCCCCUUGAGGCCACUAAAUCUAAUAGCUGGGAAGUGGGAUUUGGAAUACUCCAGAGAUGGGUUGUCGGGGUAUUGGAGACCUGUUGUAUUUCUGGGGAUGUUUGCAUUACUGAAAAUUGAGACUUUUCUUGAAGUUUGCUUGAACUAUACAGCGGGAAGUGGAGAAUGGACGGCAGUAUACAGGAGUGUUCCUGUACCAACAGCACCCUUCUUAAAGCAGAACUUGAUUCCUUGGUGUCCACUGAUUGAUGGUCAUUGUGUAGUGUCCACUGCCCCCUGCCAUCGGGACCAUUGUCGGGUGUACUUGGAUGCAGGCAGACAUUAGGUCUCUGACUUACGAGGGGAGUGUGUUUGGGAUUGUCACGUGUCACAGCCUUGCUCUGAUUCCCCUUUGAUGACAGCUGCUCCCUCUCUUGGAAUAGUGAGCUUGGAAUGUUGUGAGGGUGGGAUGUGGUGGGGAGGAGGAGGA